AUGUCUUCAAGCGAUCUCGUCGCGUCUGUCAUCAACGCCCAUGGCGGCCUCCCUGCAUAUCAGUCACUGAAUAGCAUUUCGUUCACGUUCUCUUUCACAGGUGCCACACUCGGCAUGAAGGGCCGCCCUCAACACGUCACACCGACUGCCACGACCUUCGUGCAAGAACAGAAGACCAUCUAUCGCGGGCUCGGCGGGUCUUCUGACGAGGAAUGGAUCUUCACUCCCAGCAAGGUCUGGAAGCAGCGCGUCUCGGACGGGUCGAUAAUUGAAGAGCGGGACAACCCGCGUGCCGCGUUCGAGGACCACACACUCGAAACACCUUGGGACGAUCUCCAUUUCCUGUACUUCUGUGGAUACGCGAUGUACCAGUACUUCCACUGGCCGUUUCUUCUCGCUCGGGAAGACAUCACGACCACAGAGCUGGAGCCGCAUACCGAAGGCAGUCUAAAGUGGCGCGUGCUAGAGGUCAGUUAUCCUGAAUACUCGACGCUGGCCACCCAUGCGCGAAAGCAGAAAUACUACGUUGAUAGCCAAAGCUUCCUGUUGAGACGACACGACUAUGCGCCAGAAGUCCUGGCUGGGGCAAAUGCAGCGCAUUUCAGCUAUGAUCCAGUCAAGGUCGGAGAGUUCACCUGGCCGAGUUUGAGACACAUUGUUGCGAUUGGGGAAAUCGGCCCGAUGAUGUUUGGGCCCAUCCCGACGCUCAUUCACCUGGUGAUGCUGAAGAUGGCGGUACAAGGGAAGGAUGGGAAGCAGGAAGUGUGGUCGUUGGACUGA